AUGUCAGCCGAAUCUCAGCCCAUAUCUGCAGACCAAUUCGCCCUUGCCAUCCAUGAUCUGCCUAUCGAAAACCUGUACUCGAAAGCCCAGGAACUCUCAAACUCGAUCUCCCACCUCGAACGCUCAAACCAACAACUGCAACAGUACAUCGACAGUAUCCGCUCAGACACUACUCUACCAGAAAGUACGAGGCAAGAGGGAGACAAAGACUGCGCAGAUGCCAUUCAAGAAAAUAAUAUCGUGAUUGAGCGGCAAAAGGAGAGAAUAGGGCUGUUGAAGCGUGAGGUGGAAAGACGAGGGGGAAGAUGGCAUGAGGCGGACAGUAGCGGAAAGGUGAACGGCAAUUCCGAAGAAGCAGUGAACAAUGGGAGCACUACCGAGGCAGGUAGAAGCACAGGUGGCAGACUCACAGACGAGGAGCUGAGAAGACAGAUGACGGAACGACUGGGUGAGGACGACGAUGAAGGCGAUGGCUUGCACCUUUAA